UCUCUCCCAUUGAUUAACCUUCCUUCUCCCCCCCGAGCUCAUCCCAGCUCGAACUUUUUCUUCCUUGUUUCUUUCAUUGGAUGAAUUAGUUUUUUCCUUCUCGGGCUCCCCCCUCCAGUCGCCGCCAUGAGUUCUCUACGUUUUCUCGACCUGGUCAAGCCGUUCGUGCCGUUCCUCCCCGAGGUUCAGCAGCCGGAAACCAAGAUUCCCUUCAACCAGAAGUUGAUGUGGACGGCCUUGACGCUCCUCAUCUUCUUGGUCAUGAGCCAGAUGCCGCUGUACGGCAUUGUCUCCUCCGACAACUCGGAUCCCCUAUACUGGCUGCGAAUGGUCAUGGCGAGUAAUCGAGGUACUCUGAUGGAGCUGGGCAUCACCCCCAUCAUCUCCUCUGGCAUGGUUUUCCAGCUCCUUGCGGGCACCCACCUCAUUGACGUCAACCUCGACCUCAAGUCGGAUCGCGAGCUCUACCAGACUGCCCAGAAGCUCUUUGCCUUCAUCCUGUCUGCCGGUACCGCUACUGUCUACGUCUUCACCGGCCUCUACGGAACCCCCUCCGACCUCGGUGCCGGCAUUGUUUUCCUGCUGAUCCUCCAGUUGGUUGUCGCCGGCAUGAUUGUUAUCCUGCUCGACGAGCUCCUGCAAAAGGGCUACGGUCUUGGCAGCGGUAUCUCUCUGUUCAUUGCCACCAACAUUUGCGAGUCCAUCAUGUGGAAGGCUUUCUCUCCUACCACCAUCAACACUGGCCGUGGCCCCGAGUUUGAGGGUGCUGUUAUCGCUCUCUUCCACCUCUUGAUGACCUGGCCCAACAAGCAGCGUGCUCUCCAGGAGGCUUUCUACAGACAGAACCUCCCCAACAUCAUGAACCUGUUGGCCACCAUUCUGGUCUUUGUUGCCAUCAUCUACCUCCAGGGCUUCCGAGUUGAGAUCCCCGUCAAGUCCAACCGCCAACGUGGUGCCCGCGGCUCAUACCCCGUCCGUCUGUUCUACACCUCCAACAUGCCCAUCAUGCUGCAGUCCGCUCUCUCUUCCAACGUCUUCCUGAUCAGCCAGAUGCUCUUCUCUCGCUUCUCUGAGAACCUGCUGGUCCGCCUCUUCGGUGUCUGGGAAGCCAAGGACGGUACUUCUCAACUCCACGCCGUCUCCGGUCUCGUCUACUACAUGUCUCCUCCUCUCAACUUCAAGGAGGCUCUUCUCGACCCUAUCCACACCGCCGUCUACAUUGUCUACAUGCUCGGAGCUUGUGCCCUUUUCUCCAAGACUUGGAUUGAGGUCUCCGGCUCCAGCCCCCGUGAUGUUGCCAAGCAGCUCAAGGACCAGGGCCUUGUGAUGGCUGGACACCGUGACCAGAGCAUGUACAAGGAGCUCAAGCGCAUCAUUCCUACUGCUGCUGCCUUUGGCGGUGCCUGCAUUGGUGCUCUCUCCGUUUUGAGCGACCUCAUGGGCGCUCUUGGCUCUGGAACUGGUACCCUUCUCGCUGUUACUAUCAUCUACGGCUACUUUGAGAUUGCGGCCAAGGAGGGUGAUCUUGCCGGUAUGAAGGGCAUGAUCAUGGGUUGAUAGAACCUGUGUGAGAGAGCAAGAGGAAGGUUUGAUUCUCUAAUAAAAACACUUUAUCUCCGUUAUCGAGGGUUAUACUUGAUUGCAUGGGAAUAUUAGUUAUGUACCAAUAAGGGAAUAUCAUUUAUAGGGGCUAAGGAGUAUGACACAAAAUAUAAAACGGAAUGUACGAUUUUUUCUUAAUAGCGACUGGAGGUUGAUAGCCUAAGCUGAGAUUCAGAUCGGAUGUUGACAAGAGUGUACGAGUACGGCGCCACAAUUAGCGAUCGGCAGUUCAAGUAGGAUGGAUAGCUAGUAAUACUAUCUUUCUCUAUCCUUAA